AUGCUAAUUGCUGGAAGAGGUCAAACGGCGUCGGCGGCGACACGCUCGGAUAAUUAUCGAGGUGGCCAAUUGAGCUCACAGACAAUUAUCUCGUUAAAAGGCCGACGCGCGGCGAUGGCUCCGACGUCGGGCGCGUCGAUUCAGGACACUCGCUUCGAAGAGGCUUCUCUGCGCGUAAUCGGAAAAUCCUCGCAGCGCGAAGCCCCUCGGCGCGGAUGUAAUUCGACCCGCGGGCGAGACGAUUAA